CGGGGCGGGCUCAUGGUGGGGGGGGCCGGGGGCGGGCGGCCGGCAGCGAGCCGGGCUCGGGCUGCGAGCACUCGGGCUCGGCACGGCGGGACCGAGGAACGGGGGGGCACCGAGCCCAGCCCCCGGCCCCGCCGCCAUGCCCCACAGCCCCCCCCCGGGCCCCUCGUCCCCCACCGCCACCGGGCCGGGGCACCGGUGAGCCUCCAUGGGGCGCCCCCCCCCGCGGGCACCAUGCGGACCGUGAGCCCCCUGCCCCUCUGCCUGCUGCUUUGGGAUCUCCUCGACCUGGCGCUGGCCUACCUGACGGUCAGCAUUGAGCCGCUGCCGCCCGUGGUGGUGGGAGACGCCGUGACGCUGAAAUGCAACUUCAAGACGGACGGGAAGAUGCGGGAGAUCGUCUGGUACCGGGUCACCGAUGGCGGCACCAUCAAGCAGAAGAUCUUCACCUUCGAUGCCAUGUUUUCCACCAAUUUCUCGCACAUGGAGAAUUACAGGAAGAGGGAGGAUCUGGUCUACCAGUCCACGGUGCGCCUCCCCGAGGUUCGCAUUUCGGACAACGGCCCCUACGAGUGUCACGUGGGGAUUUAUGACCGAGCCACGCGGGAGAAAGUGGUCCUGGCGUCCGGUAACAUAUUCCUCAACGUGAUGGCUCCACCGACGUCCAUCUCGGUGAUUGCCGCUGACACGCCAGCGCCCUUCAGCCGCUACCAGGCACAGAACUUCACCUUGGUGUGCGUGGUGUCCGGUGGCAAGCCCGCCCCACUGGUGUACUUCAAGCGCGAUGGGGAGCCCAUCGAGGCCACCCCGCUGCCGGAGCCGCCGGCCGCAGCGGGGAGCUGGGCACCACGCAACCUCCUGCAUCGAGACCUGGAUGACACCAAGGUGCCCAAAUCCCUGGCAGCGGCCGAAGGGGAUGCGGGGGGUGGGCGGCCCCCCAACACCGCCGAGCCCCCCCGGGGGCUGGCGGCCGAGCGGGGCCCUGCCACCGAAGCCAUCCCCGAAACCGUGGUGAGCCGGGAGUUCCCGCGCUGGGUGCACGUGGCGGAGCCCAUCUACUAUUUCCGCCACACUCACGCGCCCGUGAGCGAUGGCACGGUGGAGGCGCGGGCCACCCUCACCUGGACCCUCAACCCCCAAAUUGACAACGAGGCGCUCUUCAGCUGCGAGGUGAAGCACCCGGCGCUCUCCAUGCCCAUGCAGUCGGAGGUGACGCUCGUCGCUCCCAAGGGCCCAAAGAUCACCAUGACCCCGACGAGGGCCCGCGUUGGAGACACCGUUCGCAUCUUGGUGCAGGGCUUCCAGAACGAAGUCUUCCCCGAGCCCCUCUUCACGUGGACCCGUGUGGGGAGCCGGCUCCUGGAUGGCAGCGCCGAACAUGCUGGGAAGGAGCUGGUGCUGGAGCGGGUACCGGCCGAGCUCAACGGCUCCAUGUACCGCUGCACCGCGCAGAACCCCCUGGGCUCCACCGACACCCACACCCGCCUCAUCGUCUUCGAAAACCCAAAUAUCCCCCGCGGAACAGAGGACUCCAACGGUUCAGUUACCGGCCACCGCAGCUUCAGACUAGUUUUGGCGCUCACCCUAACAGUGAUCCUGGAGCUAACGUGAAGCUUCGCUCGCCUCUUCCUCCUCCUCUUCCUCUGUACGGCUCCACCAAGCAUUUACACCUCUGUCAAUCAGUUCUCUCUCUCUCCUAUGUUAUUUACAGUCUCGGUCUCUUUCUGUCUGUGUCUUGGCUUUCUCAGACAAUUUAAUUAAAGGGAAAAAAAAA